AUGAUAGAGAUAAAUAAUAGUAAUCGUACUAGUGACGCGGUUGACAAUGUGGCUGCUGUCAACAAUGUCAGUGAGUACGAUCGUUGUGUCGAUGAUUCAACGCUGUCUUGUAAUCAUGUGGAUGUCACCAAUACAUCUUCUACCACUUCCAACCUUAAUGACAGUCACGAUAGUAAUAUCAGCAGCAGUAGUAGUAGCAAUAGUAGUAGCAGUAGUAUUGGAACAACAACAGCACUUGAACAACAGAUGGUAAACAAAAUAAAAAUAGAAGAUUCCGUCUUCAAAGAAGAGGAUCUAGCACAACUAUGUACCAUUUCAGAACCUGUGGAUCCACAUUCCACCAACAGUAAUAAUACAGCAACGACAGCAACUCCAAUCAAUGAUGAUAUAAAUGAUAACAACAAAAGCAGUAGUAGUAGUACAUGUAGUGAAAAUGAACAACCACCACAACAACUUACUUAUUUAACAAAUGUACAAAUAUUCCAAAGAUCGCCUAUCUUUGCUAAACUAAAACCACCUGCAAUGAAAGAACAUGUUAAUACAUUCCCUAAGCUUGAAAAGAUAACACCACUUGAAAUGGAAUGGAUGGAACAAGUUAUGGUUUGGAAUACAGCGCAACGUGAUUGCACAAGACUCUGUAGACUUGGUAUUCCUGCGAGAUUGCGUGGUUUCAUAUGGCGUCUGUGCUCGGGUGCAGUCGAGCUAGAAAAGAAGAACAUUGGUGUCUACCAUUACUUUCUAACCAAACAAUCCGAUGAAUAUGAAUACAAAAUCUCCAAAGACAUUGCAAGAACAUUUCCAAAAGUUGAACAAUUCUCAAAAGAACAAGGUCAAAUUGCUCUUUUCAAUAUUUUAAAAGCUUAUUCUGUUAUGGAUCCAGAGAUUGGCUAUACUCAAGGUAUGAGUUUUAUAGCUGCUGUUCUCUUGUCUGUAAUGGAUGAAAUUCUGUUUUCGCAUCUCAAGGAGAUCGGUGUAACACCUGUGCUAUUUGCAAGUGAAUGGAUAUCAACUUUGUUCACCUACAACUUUAAUCUGGAGAUCAGUGUCAGAUUCUGGGAUGUAUUCUUUGUUUCUGGCAGAUACUAUCUACAUCGUCUGGUACUUGCAAUACUCACCAUAUACGAACGACAACUUUUACAAUACGAUUUCGAGGGUGCCGUUGAAUUCCUCAAGAAAGUUGGAACGAUCAUCAAUCCAGAUCAUGCAAUAUCAGUGGCUGAUAAUAUUCAAAUCACUGUUUCUAAAAUUGAAGAAUUGGAAGAAGAAUAUGAUCAUCCUGAUUGCGGACCUAGUGAUUAUUUCUAA